AUGGGCCUCUGCCGGCUUCUCUGGCUCGGCGCCCUGUGGGGCUGCGCGGCGGAGGCGGUGGUGCUGGCCGCGGCGUGCUCCUCGAUGGACCCGUUCAGCCGCCCCUCCAGGAUGGCCAUCACGGACGACGCGGAGUAUGUCAAGAAGCUCCGGCGCUCCCUGGAGUCCCGCCGCCGUUUCGACGGGGGCCACGCCUCCGAGCCUCUCGCGGUCCUUCGCCUGUUCUACCACUGGGCCGGCAACUACGCCUGCGCCGGCGCCGACGCCGGCUCGGACGAAGGCCGGACUCGCGGGUGGGGCCACAGCUGCGCGCGCCUUGCACGGGAGGCCGCGAUCGUCCCUUUCCGGAUGCAGCAGCUGAUCGCGCGGGUGGCGGACCUCUCCAAGAGGUUGCUGCGCAUCCCGAUGCCGGGCGGCGCGCCCGUGGCGUCCAAGGCCGCCCGCGACGUCGAGGCGCUGGCGCGCCUGGUUCAGCCCGGGGCGCACGGCGGUGGUGCCCCGCCGCCGCCGCCCUCGGCCCUGUUCGGAGCCCGGGCGCCGCUACUCAAGCUGCUGCUCGCCGCCGCGCUCGGGGAGCGCGUGCUGGUCGGCCGCAGGUUCAUGGACCAGCUCCGCGGCCCCCCGAAGCUCAAGGGCCCGCCGCGGAGUGAGCCGCCAGCCGCCCGGCAGGCGGGCGGCGGAGGCGAGGGCGAGGACGAGCGAGCCGAAGUCAGCGCCGAGGGAGGCGCCGCGGGCGAGGAGGCAAGCGAGGACGGCGAGACGCAGGCGGACGAGGGCGAGCACGAGGAGGGCGAAGACCUCGAGGGAGACGACGAGUCGGACAUCGGCUGGGGUGGCGUGGAGGACGACUCGCAGGAGAGAUCGGACGCAUUACCCUGGCAUGAAUCUCGCAAUGCCAUGCUGGACGCGGUGAAUGCCUUGCCCGUGCGGGGCGCCCGUGUCUGGCAGAGCGCUCUGGUGGUGCGGUUGGCCAACAAAGGCAAGGGGUCAGUGCCCAUGGGGGCCCUCCCCUUCAAGGAGGUCGUGGGCGUUGUUGAGCGGCUCUGCGGCGAGAGGCCGAAGUUGCUGGCGCGGCCCAGCCCAGCAAGAGACGCGCAGUACGCUGCGGUGGCGUUCCGCAUGGAGGAGAGGCCCGAGCCCAUGAGGGACUCCUGUGUCCCCGACGCGAGCCCCGCUGUGCUCGCAGGGGCGACGGUGGACGCCAGCCUGUGCUUCGCGUUCAGCGGCGGCCGAGGCGUCUUCAACGUCGGCGGCACCGUGGCGUCGAGGCCGACGUCCCCCUACCUGCUCAGCUUCUUCCUGCCCCAGAGGUUCAGCGGCGAGGAGGAAGAGAAGCAGAAGCAGACGCGGGCCUCGCUGGACGUGUUCGGGCCCGUGGGGUUCCCGUGCCACGUGCUGACGGGCGACGACUUCGCCCUGGCCGCCUCGGGCCUGCAGAUCACGGAGUCGGGGACAAGCGUGCGGGCCGAGGGUGCCACGGUGCUUCCGGCCGCCCAGCUGGCCUACUGCCUGGCGACCCUUCAGCCGGACCGCACGCCGCUGGCGGUCCGCAUAGGGCGCGGCCCUCAGGGUGACGGCGCGCAGGGCGAAGAGGCGCACGUGGUCGCCCUACGUGUCAACGGCUGGGAGGUGAGCCUGACGGGUGGCCGCGGCCAGGGUCUGCCCGUGCGGCCCCUGCUGGCGGCGCUCGCCGAGGUGCGCGCGGGCGUGCGGGCGGCGCUCUGCGCGGAGGGAGACGGCUGGGCCCCUGACCGCGAGGAGUUCGGCGGCGGCGACGACCCGAAAGAGGACGGCGUCGUCAGCGAGAGACGGCAGCUGAAGCGCAAGAGGCAAACCUACGUGCCCGCGAUCGAUCCGCGCCAGGCCGUGGAGGCGCUCAUCGAGGUGGUGGAGGCGGGAGCCCCGCGGUCGGAGGCCACGCGGCCAGGCGCGAAGCAGCUGGGCGGAGGCAGGGCCAGGCCGCCGCGGCUGCCGUGGAGGGACGUGGUGCUGGAGGGGGAGCCCGAGGGCCGCCUGGACAGCCUUCGCCCGCUCCGCGUGUCGGAGGUGGAGAAGCAGGAGGUGGCAACCAGCAAUGGCGCCGCCAAGAAGCAGAUGCCCUUCACCUGCCCCGUCUGCUCGGAGGGCUUCAAGACUUGGAAGCUCUGCAGGGACCACCUCAAGAGGUCUGGACAUCUCACCCUGUCAGGGCCCAGCCGCAGCGGCUGGCGGGAGCUUGUCGAGAGCCGCUGCAGGACCGACGGCAGGUAUGCGUACGCCGUGUGA